AUGGAGGCUUCCAGACUGGCUGACCUACACGAAUCGGUAGAAAGAAUGCCAGAAGUGAGAAUUUAUCCGCUCGGGUAUGAUACUCUUGUUGGUGAACGUGGAUUGAAAUUAUCCGGAGGAGAGAAGCAACGCGUGGCUAUCGCUCGUGCCAUACUCAAGAAUGCGCCGCUUAUUGUUUACGAUGAAGCGACGUCUUCACUAGAUGCCAUAACUGAAGCAAACAUAAUGAGAGCACUGAAGGAAGCAGUGCAGCGAAGAACAUCUCUUUUCAUCGCUCAUCGCCUGGCUACCAUUGUUGACGCAGACGUUAUAUACGUCUUGGAUAAAGGUCGUGUAGCAGAGUUUGGUCCUCAUGCCCAAUUAAUCCUCAAAGGAGGACUUUAUGCUCAACUCUGGAAUAGUCAAAACCGGCUUGGGGUUGUACCGCCGAAAGAAGUGAAGAAAUACGGUCAGAAUCAAACAAUGUUAGAAUUGGACCUUGACAAGUGUUGCGGCAACUCGAGCUGCAAUCGCUAA